AUGGUUCAUAUUUUAUUUGAUACUACGAAAGUUGGCUAUGAUGAUUUUAUUCAGACGGGUACCGGAAUUGAAUCAGAAAAUACUUAUAAUUUUUAUAGAGGCCUAGCGCCUUUUCAAAGAGGGUAUGGAUUACAAACAGGGGCUGGAAUAGGCGAUAUCCUUCGUGGACUUUGGCGCUUUUUUCUUCCCAUAGCCCGACGUGUUGGGACAACAGUUACAUCUGAAGCGUUAAAUACAGGCCAAAGGAUACUUGAACGUGUAAAUGAAGGAGAACCAAUUAAAAGUGCACUAAAAAGUGAAGGAAAAAAGGGGAUAGACUUGUUAUUGGAGAAAGGGGGAAUGUCAAAACAGUUUGGUUCCGGGACGAAACGUAUAAAAGGAAAACGAAAAUCGUCAUUUUCUUCACAUCAAACAUUAAUUGGUAAACCAUUUAAAAAGAAACUUAGAUCAGACGCAUUUGGACUUUAUUAA